CUUCUUCGGUCAGGACAGUUAACCCUCAAGCGAGGGAUGAGACGUUGGAGCAACUAUUGGCCCAAGUGCGGGAUCUGCAAGCCCGGGUUGAAGGAAGGAAAACUAGUGGCUCGAGGGGACACCCGUUCUCUCAACACAUCCUCGACGCUGACCUUCCCCAAGGUUUUCAUGACUUAAACAUAAGCUACGAUGGAUCGACCGACCCAUCUCGACACAUGAGGAGCUUCGAGAAUAUGGCAGUGCUCCACCGUUACAACGAUCCGGUGCAGUGUCGAGCUUUCCUGACGACAUUGCGAGGAUCUGCCCAGGACUGGUUUCACCAAUUACCGGUAGGAGCCAUCAAGGACUUCGAGGGGUUCAGCUCGAGUUUCCUUAACCAGUUCGCGAGUGUUAGGCCACAGGAAAAAUCAUAUCUGACUCUAAUGGGCAUACAACAAAAAGAAGGGGAGUCGCUGCGAGAUUAUGUAGCGAGGUUUAUGCGAGCGUGUGUUGAAGUGCCCAGAGCAUCGGAGGAAAUAAAAGCGGGAGGAUUAACUCGAGGGCUGUUGCCAGGAUUGUGCAGGAAUUCCCUUGCCAAGCGCCCGGGUAAGACGUUUGACGAAGUAUUGGGGAGGUGCGCAAAAUAUAUGAAUGUCGAAGAGGCAGAAGCCGAUUUCUCGCGAGCAGUCAAAGUAACCAAAACAGAUCCCCGUGACGAAAGGAGAGAGAAGAGGGGUUCCUCGACCGGGGAGACAAAGGGAUCCCCGCGAGCGGAAAAGGACGGACGACCUAGAAGCUGGAGGCUGACUCAACUCCAACCGAGCAAGGAAAGCAUAUUCUCGAGGAAGCAUGCUAAUGUCGAGGUCCACCAAGUCGAUGAGGGAGGGCCAGUGAUGAACUUUGGGCCAGCAGACGUGGGGAAAGUCGAGAGGCCUCACAAUGACGCCUUGAUGAUAACCGCCCAAGUGUCGGGAUAUGAGGUGCAGAGGAUCUUUGUCGACACGGGGAGCUCGGUCAAUGUAAUCUUUUACGAUUGCCUCAAAAGGAUGGACCUCGACAUUGAAUUAUCACCCCUGCAUACAUCGCUUUUCGGUUUCAACGGCUCGGAGGUCGCGCCUUUGGGAGAGGCCACACACGCUGUCGUUUUGGGAGAAGGGGAUUUGCGAAAGGUGAAGAUGAUAAGGUUCGUGGUGGUCGACGUCGAAUCAGCCUAUAAUGUGAUUCUCGGAAGACCGACGUUGAAUGCCUUUCAGGCUGUAGUGUCGACUUACCACAUGAAACUGAAAUUCCCAGUUGGCGAUCGGGUAGGAGAAGCACGAGGAGAUCAGAAAUUAUCCAGAGCCUGUUAUCAAAUAGCUAUAAAGACAAGCCAGAAAACGGAA